AUGUUCCAGGGCUUCCCCGGGGACUACGACUCGGGCUCCCGCUGCAGCUCCUCGCCCUCGGCCGAGUCCCAGUACCUGUCGCCGCUCGACUCCUUCGGGAGCCCCGCGGCCGCCGGGGCCGCGCAGGAGUGCGGUGGCCUUGGGGACAUGCCCGGCUCCUUCGUGCCCACGGUGACGGCCAUCACCACCAGCCAGGACCUGCAGUGGCUGGUGCAGCCCACGCUCAUCUCCUCGGUGGCCCCGGGGGCUCCCAUGGCUCAGCCGCCCCCCCUCGACCCCUACGACCUCCCCGGGCCCAGCUACUCGACCCCCGGCCUGGGCGCCUUCGCGGGACCCCCGGCCCCGACCCCCGCCCGGGCCCCCCGAGCUCGGCCCCGGCGCAGCCGCGAGGAGACGCUGACGCCCGAGGAGGAGGAGAAGCGGCGCGUGCGGCGCGAGCGGAACAAACUGGCGGCGGCCAAAUGUCGGAACCGGCGCCGGGAGCUCACGGACCGGCUGCAGGCGGAGACGGACCAGCUGGAGGAGGAGAAGGCCGAGCUCGAGUCCGAGAUCGCGGAGCUGCGCAAGGAGAAGGAGCGCCUGGAGUUCGUGCUGGUGGCCCACGCGCCCGCCUGCAAGGUCCCGUUCGAGGACAUCGGCGCCGUGGGCGCCGGCCCGGCCGAGGUGAGCAGCCCGGGCAAGGCGGGGACCGUCGCUUUCCUGCCCCCGGCGCCGUUCCAGGGCCCGCAGGGUCCCUUCCCCGGCUGCUGCCUCCCGCCCGGGGUCCCCGCGGGACCCCCUAACGCGACCCCCGCGUUUGUGUUCACCCACCCAGAGGGAGCCACGUGUGGAGCCUCGCACCAGCGGAGCAGCAGCAGCGACCAGUCCUCGGACUCCUUGAAUUCUCCCUCGCUCCUCGCGUUGUGA